CUCCUCCAACUUUACUCCACCCGAGCCUGACAGCUGGGCGGUCCCGCCUGACCCGGCCCGCAGGCGGCUGCCCCCAUUCAGACGCGCGCCCUGGUGCGCAGCGCAGCUGCAAAGAGGUGGGCAGGCAGCGCGGGUCCGAGAGACACCACCCCACCCCAGGCCGGGGCCGACCUAGCGGCGCAGUUUCCAUUGUGCGGCGGUGAGAAUGGCCGGGGAACGCGCGCGCGCGCUCACGCAUAUACACACCCUCCCUCGCACACACGGAACCGGCUGGGCCAGGGGAGGGAGGAGGAGGGUGACGUAGCGUCCCAUGGCGUCACAUUGACGUCUCGCAUUCCAGGCACUCUAUGGAGAGGCCGCUAGGGCUCCUGUGGCAUAAAUGACGUGCCGAGAGAUCGAGCGAACGCGCAGCCGGGAGAGCGGAGUCUCCUGCCUCCCGCCCCCCACCCUUCCAGCUCCUGCUCCUCCUCCGCUCCCUAUACACAGACACACUCACACCCGCUCCCUCACUCGCACACACAGAUACACACGCACACACAUACUCCACUCUCUUCUGCGCGCUCACACCCCUCUCGCCCUGCGCCCUCGCCGGUGCAGCGCGGCGCCGCAGCCGGACGCCCCUCCCGGGCUUACUUUGCAACGCUGACAGCGGCGACGGUGGCCGUGGAGGUGGGAACAGCGGCGGCAUCCUCCCCCCUGGUCGCGGCCCCAGCCAGGACGCCCGCGGAACCUCUCGGCCGCGCUCUCCCAUGAGUCGGGAUCACAGCAUCCCCAGCCAGCCGCUCCCAGCCUCUGGGAGCCGCUGGGCUUGUACACCGCAGCCCUUCCGGGACAGCAGCUGUGAAUCCCCCCCAGAGCAGAUUUCGGGGCAGCUCUCUUGAAACUCACUCUAAAGACGGAACCGCCACAGCAUUCAAAGUCCACUGCGGAAAAGCGCAGCCCGGCCAGCCCGGGCCCUGAGCCUGGACCCUCUGCGGAGCCGGGCAGCGCUGCCGCUGCUUCGCCUCGCCAGACGUCCUCGCCUCCUACACUCUCGGCUUCUGCUGGAGAGACCCCCAGCCCCACCAUUCAGCGCACAAGAUACCCUCCAGAUGGUGCAGACUCCCCCAGUCCAUUUCCUGGGCCUACAUUCCCACCUCACCACCUAGCUGGCUGAAGUCAUCAACAGGGGUCCAGUUUGUGCAGGCUGCCUGCCCUGUUUGGAGGAGUGUGGAGGGAGUGGGAGAAAGCAGCCACAUGUGUGUGGGCAGCCUCAGUUGGCACCAAUAAAAUAUAUGCCCUGCGUGCAAGCCCAGUAUAGUCCUUCGCCUCCAGGUUCCAGUUAUGCAGCACAGACAUACGGCUCAGAAUACACCGCAGAGAUCAUGAACCCAGACUAUGCCAAGCUGACCAUGGAUCUUGGCAGCACCGAGAUCACAGCCACAGCCACCACGUCCCUGCCCAGCUUCAAUACCUUCAUGGAAGGCUACUCCAGCAGCUAUGAACUCAAGCCCUCCUGCCUGUACCAAAUGCAGCCAUCUGGGCCGCGGCCCUUGAUCAAGAUGGAAGAGGGCCGUGCGCACGGCUACCACCACCAUCACCACCACCACCACCACCACCAACAUCAUCACCACCAGCAGCCACAGCCCCAGCAGCCAUCCAUUCCUCAGUCCACUGGCACGGAGGAGGAGGUGCUGCCUAGUACCUCCAUGUACUUCAAGCAGUCCCCGCCGUCCACCCCCACCACGCCCACCCCCCCCACUCCCGGCUUCCCCCCGCGGGGGGGGGCGCUGUGGGACGAUCCGCUGCCUUCAGCGCCAGGCUGCAUCGCGCCAGGCCAGCUGCUGGACCCGCCGAUGAAGGCAGUGCCCCCUGGCGCGCGCUUCCCACUCUUCCACUUCAAGUUCUCGCCACCACACCCGCCUGCGCCUAGCCCGGCUGGCGGUCACCACCUGAGUUACGACCCGACGCCCACUGCCGCACUCAGCCUGCCGCUGGGAGCCGCUGCCGCCGCGGGCAGCCAGGCUGCCACACUUGAGGGCCACCCGUAUGGGCUGCCGCUGGCCAAGAGGGCGGCCGCGCUGGCCUUCCCGCCGCUCGGCCUCACUGCCUCCCCUACCGCGUCCAGCCUGCUGGGCGAGAGCCCCAGCCUGCCGUCGCCACCCCACAGGAGCUCGUCCUCGGGCGAGGGCACCUGCGCUGUGUGCGGGGACAACGCUGCCUGCCAGCACUAUGGCGUGCGCACCUGCGAGGGCUGCAAGGGAUUCUUUAAGAGAACGGUGCAGAAAAAUGCAAAAUAUGUAUGCCUGGCAAAUAAAAACUGCCCAGUAGACAAGAGACGUCGAAACCGAUGUCAGUACUGUCGAUUUCAGAAGUGUCUCAGUGUUGGAAUGGUUAAAGAAGUUGUCCGUACAGAUAGUCUGAAAGGGAGGAGAGGUCGGCUGCCUUCCAAACCAAAGAGCCCAUUACAGCAGGAACCUUCUCAGCCCUCUCCACCUUCUCCUCCGAUCUGUAUGAUGAAUGCCCUUGUCCGAGCUUUAACAGACUCAACACCCAGAGAUCUUGAUUAUUCCAGAUACUGUCCCACUGACCAGGCCGCUGCAGGCACGGAUGCUGAGCACGUGCAACAAUUUUACAACCUUCUCACAGCCUCCAUUGACGUAUCCAGAAGUUGGGCAGAAAAGAUUCCGGGAUUCACUGAUCUCCCCAAAGAAGAUCAGACAUUACUUAUAGAAUCAGCCUUUUUGGAGCUGUUUGUUCUCAGACUUUCCAUCAGGUCGAGCACUGCUGAAGAUAAGUUUGUGUUCUGCAAUGGACUUGUCCUGCACCGACUUCAGUGCCUUCGUGGAUUUGGGGAGUGGCUCGACUCCAUUAAAGACUUUUCCUUAAAUUUGCAGAGCCUGAACCUUGAUAUCCAAGCCUUAGCCUGCCUGUCAGCACUGAGCAUGAUCACAGAACGACAUGGGUUAAAAGAACCAAAGAGAGUGGAGGAGCUAUGCAACAAGAUCACGAGCAGCUUAAAAGACCACCAGAGCAAGGGACAGACCCUGGAGCCCACCGAGCCCAAGGUCCUGGGUGCCCUGGUAGAACUGAGGAAGAUCUGCACCCUGGGCCUCCAGCGCAUUUUCUACCUGAAGCUGGAAGACUUGGUGUCUCCACCUUCCAUCAUCGACAAGCUCUUCCUGGACACCCUACCUUUCUAAGUGCUCCCAGUCUGAGCAAGGAGCCACCUCCCUUGCUAGCACCUGUUUGUUGAGCAGCAAAGGGAUGGGUCUGGACAUCUACCAUUUUCUGUCCUUCCUUAAGAAAAAAAGUAGCUCCUAUAGAAAGCAAAAGCUUUUUUUCUGGCGGUUUUCUUUACAAUCUAAAGCCAGAAAAUUUGCAGAGUAUUGUGUUGGGGUUGUGUUUUAUAUUUAGGCUUUUGGGGAGUAGGAUGGGAGGGGGUAUAGGUUCAUGAAGGUUUUUGAAGAAAUUGCUAACAAGGCACUUUUGGACGAUGCUAUCCCAGCAGUAGGGAAAAAAAAAAGGUAAUAUAACUGUUUUAAAACUCUUUCUGGGAAAUAUAAUUAUUGUUGCUUUGUAUUUAAAAACAAGAAUAGCCAAGGGUUGUUCGCCAGAGUAGGAUAUGUCUUAAGAUUGAUCCGGUUAGAAUACACUCGUGUCAAAGGUACAUAUGUGGUGCAAACAAGGCAGAAAUUCCCGUUUAUUAAUUUCUUUCUUCCUUUAUUUUACUUUAACAAAGGGUGAAAGAUGGAAGAUUGCCUACAAAUCAGACAUAGCAAAAUAUGGCUCUUUGCUUCCAUAUACAAGUGCAAUUUUUUAAAAGUGCUGUCUUACUAAGUCUUGUGUAUUGACUCUCCUUUAUUUUAUAUGGAAAUAAAAAGGAGGCAGUCAUGUUAGCAAAUGACACAUGCCAAUAUUCCUAUCUGAGGUUUGGUCUACCUGCCCUGUAGAACGCUUCUGAGGUGUGGCCCAUCCAAGACUUUUAGGCCAUUCUUGGUGAAAACAGACCCCUGCCCUGACUGUCUAGCUGUCCUGAAAGGGGAUCAUAUUAUUAAAGAAUUGUACACAACUGUAUUGUUGUAUUCUAUCAACCUGCCAGAGUUCCCUAAACUUGCUUCAGUUGUAGUGGCUGACUGAUCACUUAUUUAGAAGCCUUCAGUGAAUCAGUCAAAUAUUUGAUCCCUAUAUGAGAACAUGCAAAUAAACAGGAAUUGGGUCAUACAGGGUAAGCACCAGGGAUAAUAAGGAUUUUUAUAUAUAUCAUUUAAUUUUUGUUAUUGGUUAAAGAGACAAUUUUGGAAAGCAAGCAAGUCUUUUUAUAAAAAAAAAAACAAAAUAGUAUGAAUGUGAGUACUAGAAAGUGGGCUACGUUUCAACAUUCCGUGUUCGUACUCCCUUUUGUAUGUUUAUACUGUUAAUGCCAUAUUAUUAUGAAAUAAUUUGUUGCAUAGUGUCUUUAUUUGUAUAAACAUUUGUAUGCACAUUAUAUUGUAAUAGCUUUGCCUGUAUUUAUUGCAAGACCAAUAGCUCCUGGACGCUGAUUUACAGAGUAAUUAAAUGGGGUGUUCAUAGUGACUUUGUUACACCAAUUAG